AUGACAAGAAGAGAUGUUGGAACUUCCACCUCUACCUCUGAAGCCAUCGCGUCCUGGCUGCCAGACAUCCCGGGCACAGUACCCGAAGGCGGAACUAGAGCUUGGUUUGUGGUUGUGGGAUUGACGUGUUGUCUUUUUACAAGUUAUGGUUACAUCAACUCGUGGGGUGUCUUCCAAACCUACUACGAACAAAACCUUCACAUUGGCUUGGAUCCUACCACCAUUUCGUGGAUCGGUGCUGCCCAAGUUUACACUCCUUUUUCUUUCUCCUCGUGUUCUCCACGACUGAUACGGUCAUUUACACUAUCCAGCGUGCCCUGUUCUUCCUCUUCGUCGUCAUUGCCAGCCGGAUCUAUGAUCUAG